AUGCAACAUUUGUCAAUUUAUCUAUCCAAGUCUAUCCAAGUUUUUUUUAUAUAUCAUUGUGUUCUAUUUUCCCCUCAAUCCAUUGAUUAUUAUCCUUAUUGUUUUUUUAUCUAUCUAUGCCAAUUUUCCCUCAUAUUGUUAUUCAUACAAUAUCCAACAAAUAUAGCCUUGUGGCAGAUUUACCAUUGUUUAAUAAAUAUGUUGUUUUUUCUCUCUAUCUAUUUUUCUCUCUUAUUUGUAUUUAAAGAAUAUUCUGCAACUAUGGCCUUGUGGAAAGAUUUUCUGUUCAUAUCUAUAUAUCAAUCUAUCUAUCUAUUCAUAUCUAUCUAUCUAUCUACUGUCUAUUCAUAUCUAUCUAUUCAUAUCUAUUCAUAUCUAUCUAUUCAUAUCUAUUCAUAUCUAUCUAUUCAUAUCUAUCUAUCUAUCUACUGUCUAUUCAUAUCUAUCUAUUCAUAUCUAUUCAUAUCUAUCUAUUCAUAUCUAUUCAUAUCUAUCUAUCUAUCUACUGUCUAUUCAUAUCUAUCUAUUCAUAUCUAUUCAUAUCUAUCUAUUCAUAUCUAUUCAUAUCUAUCUAUUCAUAUGUAUCUAUCUACUGUCUAUUCAUAUCUAUCUAUCUAUUCAUAUCUAUUCAUAUCUAUCUAUUCAUAUCUAUUCAUAUCUAUUCAUAUCUAUCUAUUCAUAUCUAUCUAUCUACUGUCUAUUCAUAUCUAUCUAUCUAUUCAUAUCUAUUCAUAUCUAUCUAUUCAUAUCUAUUCAUAUCUAUCUAUUCAUAUCUAUUCAUAUCUAUCUAUUCAUAUCUAUCUACUGUCUAUUCAUAUCUAUCUAUCUAUUCAUAUCUAUUCAUAUCUAUCUAUUCAUAUCUAUUCAUAUUCAUCUAUUCACAUCUAUUCAUAUUCAUCUAUUCACAUCUAUCUAUCUAUCUACUGUCUAUUCACAUCUAUCUAUUCACAUCUAUUCACAUCUAUCUAUUCAUAUCCAUCUAUCUAUCUACUGUCUAUUCACAUCUAUCUAUUCAUAUCUAUUCAUAUCUAUCUAUUCAUAUCUAUUCACAUCUAUCUAUUCAUAUCUAUUCAUAUCUAUUUCUAUCUAUCUAUUCAUAUCUAUCUAUCUACUGUCUAUUCAUAUCUAUCUAUUCAUAUCUAUUCAUAUCUAUCUAUUCAUAUCUAUUCAUAUCUAUCUAUUCAUAUCUAUUCAUAUCUAUCUAUUCAUAUCUAUCUAUCUACUGUCUAUUCAUAUCUAUCUAUUCAUAUCUAUUCAUAUCUAUCUAUUCAUAUCUAUCUAUCUACUGUCUAUUCAUAUCUAUCUAUCUAUUCAUAUCUAUUCAUAUCUAUCUAUUCAUAUCUAUUCAUAUCUAUCUAUUCAUAUCUAUCUAUCUACUGUCUAUUCAUAUCUAUCUAUUCAUAUCUAUUCAUAUCUAUCUAUUCAUAUCCAUUCAUAUCUAUCCAUAUCUAUCUAUCUACUGUCUAUUCAUAUCUAUCUAUUCAUAUCUAUUCAUAUCUAUCUAUUCAUAUCUAUUCAUAUCUUCUAUCUAUUCAUCUAUUCAUAUCUAUCUAUUCAUAUCUAUCAUUCACUGUCUAUUCAUAUCUAUCUAUUCAUAUCUAUUCAUAUCUAUCUAUUCAUAUCUAUUCAUAUCUAUCUAUUCAUAUCUAUCUAUCUACUAUCUAUUCAUAUCUAUCUAUUCAUAUCUAUUCAUAUCUAUCUAUUCAUAUCUAUCUAUCUACUGUCUAUUCAUAUCUAUCUAUUCAUAUCUAUUCAUAUCUAUCUAUUCAUAUCUAUUCAUAUCUAUCUAUUCAUAUCUAUCUAUCUACUGUCUAUUCAUAUCUAUCUAUUCAUAUCUAUUCAUAUCUAUCUAUUCAUAUCUAUUCAUAUCUAUCUAUUCAUAUCUAUUCAUAUCUAUCUAUUCAUAUCUAUCUAUCUACUGUCUAUUCAUAUCUAUCUAUUCAUAUCUAUUCAUAUCUAUCUAUUCAUAUCUAUCUAUUUAUAUCUAUUCAUAUCUAUCUAUUCAUAUCUAUCUAUCUACUGUCUAUUCAUAUCUAUCUAUUCAUAUCUAUCUAUUCAUAUCUAUUCAUAUCUAUCUAUUCAUAUCUAUUCAUAUCUAUCUAUUCAUAUCUAUCUAUCUACUGUCUAUUCAUAUCUAUCUAUUCAUAUCUAUUCAUAUCUAUCUAUUCAUAUCUAUCUAUUCAUAUCUAUUCAUAUCUAUCUAUUCAUAUCUAUCUAUCUACUGUCUAUUCAUAUCUAUCUAUUCAUAUCUAUUCAUAUCUAUCUAUUCAUAUCUAUCUACCUAUCUAUCUGUUCCUGUUUACAUAUCUUUAUUAUCUAUCUAUUUAUCUAUCUUACUCUUUUUAUAUCUAUCUAUCUAUCUAUCUAUCUCAUUCUUUUUCUCUCAAUCUAUCUCACUCUGUUUCUAUCUAUCUAUCUAUCUAUCUAUCACCUAUAAUUUGGAAAAUAGAGAAAAUUAUUAUCUAUCUAUCACCUUUUAUCACCUGGUAA